AUGACGGACAAUUACUUACAAUUUCUAUCUAAACCUUCAGGUAAUCAUAAAGAUAAACAUCAUAUUAUAAUAGUUGGUGCUGGUAUUAUUGGUGUUUGUACUGCUUAUUAUAUUGUUUGUCAUCCUAAAUUUGAUUAUAAAAAAUAUUAUAUUACUAUUAUAGAGUCAAAAAGAGUUGCUGGUGGUGCUAGUGGCAAAGCUGGUGGUUUAUUAGCUUUAUGGGCUUUUCCCGAACAAAUUGUUCAACUAAGUUUUGAUUUACAUCAACAAUUGGCUGAUAAAUAUAAUGGUUAUGAAGAAUGGGGUUAUAGAAGAUUGACGACUGUUUCAUUAGAAGGUGAUAUAUCCGAUACAACCAAAAAACGUACUAAAAAGAAGCAUAAUAAUUUACCAAGUGAGUUAAAUUGGAUUACUUCAAAUUUUAUAGAUAAUUGUUCAGAGUUAGGUGGUACUGAUACCACUGCUCAAGUUCAUCCUUAUAAAUUUACAAAUUUUAUUCUAAAAAAAGCUGUUGAAUAUUCAAAAGGUUCACUAGAGUUAAUUCUAGGUAAAGUUGAUGAAAUUACUUAUUCAGUAGAAACGGGAAGUGCUACUGGUGUUAAAUUUCAAACUAAAAAUGAAGAAAUAAUUGAAUUAAAAUCAGAUCAAAUUGUUUUAUCAGUUGGUCCAUGGACUUCAAAAAUAUUACCAGAUUGUCCAAUAUCGGGUUUACGUGCCCAUUCAAUUACAAUAGCUCCCUUUAAAGAUCAAGUUUCUCCAUAUGCAAUUUUUACAGAAUUUAAAAUUGGUCCAACUUCAUAUAUAUCACCAGAAAUUUAUGCAAGACAAGAUGAAGUUUAUGUAUGUGGAGAAGGUGAUUCUGCAGUUGAUGUACCUGAAACAACAGAUGACGUUGAAGUUGUUAAAUCAAAAUGCGACGAAUUAUUUGAACAAGUUGGUAAAGUAUCACCUAAUCUUAAAAAUGGUCACAUACUAAAAAGACAAGCUUGUUAUUUACCUGUAUUAGAUGUACCUUCUUCAAGUGGUCCAUUAAUUGGUGAAACAAAUGUACUGAAUUUAUAUUUAGCUUCUGGUCAUUCAUGUUGGGGUAUAAAUAAUGCUCCAGGUACAGGUAAAAUAAUGAGUGAAUUAUUAUUUGGAGAUGUUGAAAGUGCAGAUAUUUCAAGUUUAGAUCCAAGUUUAUAUUUUGAUGCAAGUGUAUUGGAAGAACUAUAA